UGACUUGGGUUUUGCAAUGGCAACCGAACCGGUUCCGGGUACGCCCGGUAUAAAGGAAGUAAGGUCCGACGUCUCCGGGUCCGAGAUGUUUCAGUUUGACACCAAUGCAGGUCAUGGAGGAGGUUCAUUGUCGCCGAGUCCGCCGCCCGGGAUAAGGAGGGUGAGUUUGAGGGCGGAGAUUGAUACGUCGCCGCCGUUCGGGUCGGUGAAGGAGGCUGUAACCCGUUUUGGUGGCAGCGGGUCUUGGAUACCAUAUUAUAAGCUUGGAGAAGACUAUAAUGGUGUUGAAGAGUUUGACUUGAAGAAAGUGGAGGAACAAGCAGCCGAGUUAGAGAAGGAUUUGAUUGUGAAGGAGCUAGAGACUCUUGAUGUUUUAGAAGAACUAGCAACAACCAAGAGGAUUGUGGAGGAGCUAAAGAGACAGCUGCAGAAAGAAGCAUUAAAAUGCUUGACAGUUCCACCAGACUACAACUCAGAAGCAGAUCACAUAAUGUCAUCAUCCCCUGCCAUCAAAGAAAUGAACAAGGAAAAUAAUAAUUUCUUGAUGAUGGGAAAUUCAAGUCCCUACCACCCUGCUUCUUCUUCUCCUGAUCUGAUCUUGAUGGAGCUGAAACAAGCGAAAAUGAACCUCGGUAAGACGAUCAAUGAUCUCGGGGUGAUUCAGUCUUCUGUGGAAUCCUUGAACAAGAAGAUGCAAAACGAGAAAAUCUUGCUGGAAAAGACCCGGGAGAGGCUGACUUCACAGUUUGCAGGGGUGUCAACACUAGAGGAAGAGAUGAAUAGCAUAAAAGAGAAGACCAGACAAGCUGAUAAUGCAGAAACCAAGUCUAAGAAAAUGGCCAAAGCUUCGAAUUUUGAGGCCAAAACCAGCAUGAAGAAGACUGCUGAAAUGAGGUGGGUUGCGGCGAAGAAGAUGGAAGAAGCAGCUAAGGCAGCAGAAGCUGUUGCUCUUGCAGACCUCAGGGCUCUAACAAGCUACUGUGAUAGCUCAUCAGGGUAUGUCCUGCCGGAGCCGGAGAAAUCAAGAAUAAAAUAUCCUAUAAACUCAAGGGCUCAAGAAGCUCAUGGCUGGUUCAAGAAGAAGCUAGCAGAUGCCAUGUUCCAAAUUGAUGAAGCUAAUGCAUCAAAAUUGGCCAUACUAAAGAAAUUGAAGGAAGCAACAGAAGAAGUCAAUUACAGUAAGCAAUUCUUGGAGGAGGCAUUGAACAAUGUAGAGCUCGCAAAUCGGAAGCAACUUGCUGCUGAAGAGGCUCUACAGAUUUUGGCGCCGGAACAUGGUAAGAGACAGGUUGCUUAUAACACAAGGAACCUAAACAUUAGGAAUUCUCCGAUUAAUGAGAUGAGCAGGUCAUCAGUCCUAGCAAACGAUCUUCAUCGUUCAAAGCCUCUUCUAAGGCCAAAUGUUUCGCUUCGUGAUGUGCUUAGCAGGAAGCAAGUUCUCCCCGAAGAUUAUGUUGCGAAAAAAGAAGUGGAUCGCGGCAAUGCUGAGACACAUAGAGUGGCAUUGAGUGAAAUGCUUCAUGCACUCAGGGAGGAUCUGACAUUUCCUUCAAAAGUUGAGCAGAAAGAUGGGAAUGAUCGGCAGAGGAAGAAGUUUGGUUUCAUCCAGAUUUCACUUCCCUUGUCAAGGCCAAGUAAGAAAAAGACUCAAACUUUGAACGCCAAUGGGACACAUUAG